UUCAAGGUUUUUGACCAGUUUUUUCAGACACUCAGAGAAAGAGGAACAAAGAGAGAGAUGGAGGGUAAAGACGAGCGGUUGGAUCCUGUCCGGAGUUUCACCGUUAAAAGUUUGAGGCUGGAUGAGGCAAGAUGGCAGGAGUUUGUGUCGGAGGAGGGGAACCAGGUGAACUUCAACAGUUUCUUUAACGCUCAAGAUUACUGUCACCUGUUCAUCUGUCAGGACCCGGACUCCAGACUCUCUGUCAGCCUCGACUUCCCCCAGAACAUCCAAAGUAAAGUAAUCUGUGUCUCUAAAACGGCCCGUGAAGCCGUGACUAAGGAAAACUCCAGGAAAAUUUUAAUCUUUCAAGAAGUUCAGGGAGAAGAGGUCCUGAACUUCAUCAUCUGUGUCACUGAACAGGUGACCUGCCCGUUGCUUAGCAACCCGGAGAACAGCAGCAGGUGGGUGUCGGGUGUGAUCGACGAGGCCUUUAGGCUCAUGGAGCGACAGAAGAACGAAGCGCUGGUGAUGAAGGCUCAGAUAGAGGGACGCACCUUCCUGCCUCAUCCCGACGCUCUCCAUGACGAUGCUCUGUACGACGCCGCCAAAGGAGGGAAGGUAUCAGACAUGAAACUGCUCCACACCUGUGAUUGGACGAUCAUAGAGUGGGCGGAGCUUGUGUCUGAGUUCCUGCAGCAGGACUCGUCUCAGCCAGUUGUGGACGGACUGAAGCCGCUUCCUUCAGAGGAGUUCCACUUCUGGAAGAACCGACGACGGAACCUGCUCUUCAUCCAACAGCAGUUGAUGAGCAGCAGAGCUCAGCUGGUGGCGUUUAUUGUUGAGAGGGCAGAAAGUGUCUACUGGUCCACGCUGAGAGACAUGUACAGAGACGUCCAGGAAGGUGUGAAGGAGGCGGAGGAUGUGACCCUGAACCUGUCUCCUCUGCAGAAGAAGCUGGAGGAGGUGGAGCAGAUGGAGUACCAGCAGCUGGGGGAAAACAUGGCGUCUGUGCUGGAGGAGGUGCUUCUGGUGUGGAUCAGGUCUGAGUUCUACUGUAAACCCUGCAGGAUGGUGGUCCUGCUGCAGGAGAUCUGCAACCUCCUCAUACACCUGAGCAGGAAGUUCCUGCGAGGGGAGGAAGUGAUGCAUGGUCUGGUGUCAGACCCUGGUCUGGUCCUGGAUGAUGUCAGACUGGUGAUCUGGACUCUGCAAACUUUCAAAGAGACGUACAGUCAGAUCAGGGCUCAGCUGGAGGACCAGAGCCAGGACCGAGUCUCCCAGAGCUGGGACUUUCCCUCACACCUGGUCUUCAUCCACCUGGACAACUUCCUACACCGUCUGCAGGGCAUCCAAGAGGUAUUCUGUGUCAGUCUGCAGCUGUAUCAGCUGGAUCAAGUGGUUCUGUCCGGUGUCAAUGGCAGGAUGUGGACAGAUGUGGCUAAGAACAUGUAUCGGGACUUCCUGCGUCAUGUAACGGUCCUGUCUCACUGUAACUGUGACCCCACCGACUCCGACGACCAGAGCUUUGAACUGUACCUGGAUCAGUUCCAGGUUCAGGUGUCAGACCUGGAGAGACGUCUGGUGUCGGUGCUAAGCAGAGCCUUGGAGAACUGCAGCGUCUCUUCCUCUGCAGCAAAGCUGGUCAACAUGUUCGGGUUCAUCCUGGACCGGCGUCUGAUCCAGGAUCAACUGCGACCUUACCUGAUCCGGCUGGUGGAUAUGGUCCUGAUGGAGCUGGAUCACACUAAGCUGCUGUUCUACAGUCAGAGAGAGAAAUCGAAAACAUUCAGCAGGUUCACUCCGACUGCUGCAGCUGGCCUCUGCUGGACUCAGCAGCUCCGACUGAGAGCCGAAGACUCUCUGACGAACUACAGGACUGUUCAACACCUGUGUGUGGACUCAGGUCAGCUAGUUCUGCAGAGGUUCCAGCAGAUUGUGGACCCCCUGCAGGACUUCAGAGACAGACUGAAGUCAGAAUGGAGCUCUCAGCUGGACUCGGACUGUGGAUUUGUACUGGAACAACCCCUGAUCCAGUUCAACCAGCAAGGCAUGCUGGGAGUCAACAGCAGCCACAAGCUGGAGGCGGUGCUGAGGGAGCUCAGGUAUGUGAUCAGGGAGAGAGACAUGGAGCUCCGCCCCCACGCUGCUCAACUCUGCACCUGCAGAGAUGACGUCACGCAGAACUACCUCAGCCUGAGUCACAUGGUGGCUUGCUACAACCAGGUGGUGAGUGACGUCCUGCAGGUCGAGCUUCCUCUGAUCAAGGACCAGCUGCAGGACCUGAACCGGACUCUGUCAGAACUGCAGGGGAACACCUGGGGCUCUGAAGGUUUGCAGCAGCUGGUGAAGCAGCAGACAGACAAAGUGUUGAUGUUUCAUUCCUCAGUCACUGAGGCCAGGGCCAACACGGACGCCAUGACACACAUCAUCCAGGGCUGGGCGGAGCUUCACCUGCUGCAGCGCUCAGCUGAGUCACUGCUGGAUGGUGGAGCCACAGAACAGAGCUACAAGCGCAUCAGAGAGGAGGGACAGGAGCUGCUGAGGUUAACACAGGUGAACAGGAGUCUGUACAGAGCUACUGACUGCUCUGAGUCCUGGUUCAGGUAUCUGGACAACAUUGAUGACAAAGUCCAAGAUGGACUGUUCCAGCUGCUGCUCAGAUCACUACACUUCCUGUCUGACAACAUGAACCCACAGAGCUGCAGUGCUGCGUUGUUGGCAGUCUCUCUGCAGCUGAAGGAAACAGGAAGUGUGUUUGAGCCGUCGGUGGGCAGCGGCCUCUCUGACCUCCUGACGACCAUCAUCAGUGAUGUUUACACAGCAGCCAGUCUGCCGCCCAGGAUCUCUGUGCGUCGUCAAGGCAACUACCAGAUGUCUCUGCAGCAGAGUCCGGAGCUCUUGGCGUUGGAACAGGCAGUGAUGCAGCGUCUGCUGCGGGUGAGGGAGGAGGCGGAGCAUCUGAGGGCUGGGUUGGACAAGUACUCUCACCUGUGGCAAAGUGACAGACGGGGGGUGAUGCAGGAGUUCUUGACCUACAGCAGACCGCUGGGACCUGAGGAGCUGGAGGCUGAAGAGACCCCGCCCACCCUGAAGGACUUCCAGAGAGAGAUCGAGUCACUCCACAGACUGAGCGGAGAGGUGACUCACCUGGAAGAGGUCAAGGUGCUGCACGGCUGGCUGCAGGUUGACCUGCGACCCUUCAGAGACUCGAUGCUGUCAAUCAUCCACGACUGGAAAAACAUGUACACAGAGCACCUGCUGGACUCAGUCAGUGACAGUCUGCAGCAGGUGACUCAGUGUGGUGGUGGUGGUGAUGAUGAAGAGUCUUCAUCUUCCUCAAGUUUCCCUCCGACAGAAACCAUCAUCCUGCUGGAAACUGCAGGUGUCAAGCUGCCUGAACACCUGUCAGCACAGCUACAGUGUUGAUGAAUGAAGAUGAAACUGUCACCUGAGAGAGAAGAGGCUGAAGAUGUCACCUGGAAAAUAACAUUCGUCAGUCUCAGUGGUUUAAAGUGUUCAGAUUAUACAGAGAGAAAACGUGUUCUGUUCAAAUGUGGUGAUUAAACGUUUAUUAGUGA